AUGCAUGUGCCUACUUCUCAUCAUUGGCAAUGUCUCAAACGCCUGUUGUGCUAUGUCCGUGUUACUAUCACUUAUGGUUUGGCUAUUCGUCAUACCGGUUUGCCAUUGCGCCUCACUGCGUUUGUUGACUCCAACUGGGCCGACAAUCUGGAUGAUCGCACCUCUACCUCGGCCUAUCUUGUUUACCUCGGCUCCACGCCUAUUUCUUGGUGCUCUCAUAAGAAACGCACCGUUGCCCUCUCCAGCACCGAGGUCGAAUAUCGUGUGAUUGCCCAUGUUGCUGCUGAAUUGGAAUGA